AUGGACCAGGUCUUCCACGUCUCAGACACGUCCCAUCUCAUCGAGGAAGUUCAAUUCAGGGCGUGCGAGGGCGAAUUCUCUCAGCUUAUGACCGAGUUCUGGCUGGACGCUCAUGACAAUGACAACAAGAUCAGCAGGGAUCUAUACAAGGAGGCCCACGUGAAAGCCAAAGGUGGGCAUCCUGUAUUCCUCAAAUCAGAACCAGGGACAACAACUGCCAUGCAUUGUGCCACUAUCGCUUACUGGCAGACGAAGACACGUCUAGUGUUGCCCACUGUCAAGCGACCAUGGCCAUCCUGCCAGGUGCCUUCAUGGGAUUUCCGGCACAUCUAUACCUACGUGGCAUGGACACAUGUCGGGCUGCAAGGGGUCUACGACAGCCUCGGUCCAUUGGCGGAGGAGGUCUUCUAUCUUGCAUCCAAAUCAAGCCAACGGCCUGUCCGUGGUGUAAAAGCAGUCCUGAUGCCCGAGACUUUGAGACUGCUACGGCACUUCUCGCUUUCAGGCCGGAGGCAAUUAGCAUCAUCAAGGCUAUUUCUGACAGUUCUCGCAUCCAGAACGACAAUCGAAGAUGUAAAGAAGGCAAAAGAUCUCUAA